CCAAACACAAAUAUCUUGUAAUAGUAUAUUUGUCCAAUCCACCACCACCAACUCACAGCAUAUGCCGACGGCUGAAUCCUCCAAGUCGCCGGAAAAUGCCGUAAACGCCGACUACGACUUCCACCAAACGACAAACAAAUCAUGGAGAUUCCACUAGCUUUUUCCGUCUUCGCACUUUCCAUUUCUUCAAUUUCUUAAACACUUUCCAGUUUCCAUUCUUCAUCUCCACAACCUACCACCCACCACCAUGGCGGCGAUUUUCUCUUCUUCAAUCUUCUCAACUUCAUCUCUCAACAAAUCGCCAUCUUCACACUACCCUCACAGACACCACAAUUUCAGCCCCCUUUCACUUCGUUCACCACUUUCCAGGGUACGUGCAACUGUUGUGAAAGACACAGAGGGUAAAGUGGUUGUGGAGAAGACUUUUCCCUCCAAGAUCCCUCUGCAAACUGGUGCUGAGGAGAACGUGAGUGAUAGUGAUAGUUCACCCCCCACUGCUUUUGAGUUGGGGGUUAUCAAGGUUGAACAAUCAAUCAAUAUCUUCCUCACGGAUUCUGUGAUAAAGAUACUAGAUGCUUUAUACCGUGACAGAAAUUAUGCAAGGUUUUUUGUGCUGGAAACUAUUGCGAGAGUUCCUUACUUUGCCUUUAUGUCAGUUCUCCACAUGUAUGAGAGUUUUGGCUGGUGGAGACGGGCAGAUUAUCUGAAAGUGCACUUUGCUGAGAGCUGGAAUGAAAUGCAUCAUUUGCUCAUUAUGGAAGAACUUGGGGGGAAUGCUUGGUGGUUUGACCGCUUUCUCGCUCAACAUAUUGCAAUAUUUUAUUAUUUUAUGACAGCUCUAAUGUAUACGAUAAGCCCAAGAAUGGCAUAUCACUUUUCUGAAUGUGUAGAGAAUCAUGCAUUUGAAACUUAUGACAAGUUUAUCAAGGACCAAGGAGAGGAAUUGAAAAAGUUGCCGGCACCUGAGGUUGCUGUGAAUUAUUAUACAGGAGGUGACUUGUAUUUAUUUGAUGAGUUUCAAACUUCCAGAGUUCCAAAUACUAGAAGGCCUAAGAUAGAGAAUCUGUACGACGUAUUUGUAAAUGUCCGAGAUGACGAAGCUGAACAUUGUAAGACAAUGAAGGCUUGUCAAACCCAUGGGAACCUCCGGUCACCUCAUUCAUAUGCAGAGGAUGAUGAAGACACAGUGUGUCCUCUUGAAGCAGAUUGUGAAGGAAUAGUAGACUGUAUAAAGAAAUCUGUCACUUCUAGUCCAGCUAAGGUGAAGUAAGAUACGGUUUAAUACAGAAUGCAUUCAUUUAAAAGAAUAAGGUUCGAGGCAUGAACAAUGAUUAUAGUUAGUGAAUAGAUGAAAAUUGUAUAAGCUUCUUCUAUAGUGAUUCUUUCUUUGAAAUGAGCGAGCAACCGCGACUUCUAAAUUUCAAUUGAUCAAGGUCAUAUAUGUACUUCAUAUUAAAUCAUAGUGAUACACAUUUAUUUACAAAUAUGUAAUGGGUCCUUUGCUAAAGAGCAUCGAAAGUAAUAUUGUAUUUUAAGUUAAGAGACAGGCUGGUUUAAUAUGCAAAAAAACCAAUUUUUUGUAA